AUGGAAAGUAACGUGGAACAUGAAAUUUGCAAUAAUUGUAAAAAGGAAAUCCCACAACCCAACUAUGUCAUGCACACGAUGCACUGCGCAAGAAAUAUUACCUUGUGCAAGGUCUGCAAGGAACCGGUUCCCAAAGGUCAGUUCCCCGACCAUGAAAAAACCUGCAAAAAGCCAGUUGAGCCUAAACCACUGCCACCUCUUACAAACUUCGAAAAGAGUUCGUAUUACCAGACCAGAAAAUCUGUAGAAGACAAAAAGACAGAAGCACGAAAAGAACGGUACAUGCAGAAGAUGGAACGGUUAGUAGAUACUGGGUAUUCCUUAAAAGAUAAUUCUAGUAGAUUCAGCAGAACUUCAAGUAGAGAUUCGCCAACGUAUAGCAGAGGUGCUCCAAGUUAUAACAAAGAUUCAUCAAAUUUUAGCAAAGAUUCACCAAGUUACAGUAGAGAAACCACCAUUAAUUAUAUGGAAGAACCUUCCGUGGAAGAGUCUACUAGAUCUAAAUACUCAAGCAAUAGCUUUAAAUCGAGUAACGAAGUUAAACAAAAUGGCGUCGUCAAGAAACGAACAGAAGUUCAAAAGGAAGAAAAACCUGAAGCGCCACAACCUCUUCCCCCUCUAAUUAAACGACCAGAACCGUCCAAAUCUAGCAUGUUACCGUGCAGAUUCUGUGAUUUAGAAUUACCGAAAUUAGAGCUCGAGGAUCAUGAGAAUUAUUGUGGUUCUAGAACUGACAAAUGCUUAGAAUGCGGGGAGUUGGUGAUGUUCAAGGACAAACAAGUACACAUGGAUUCCAAUCAUGGAUUUUUGAAGAGAAAAGGUCAACGAAAUGCUGGAGCUGGUUGGGAUUCAUCCACCCACCGUACAGAAACUCCCGCUGAGCCUCGUUCUAGAAGAAGUGUCACCGGAAGGCCUUUUGCAGAAUUCGAUUACGAUCCAAUGCCUUAUUUACCCUCAGCCUACCAAGCUCCAGGAGGAGGUGCCAAGAAAAAGGAAGGCGAAAGCUAUAAAGAGAUUUCAAGAAGACUGGAUUGUAAAACCGAAUAUAUUAGAAAUAUUCUCCAGGAUUCUGCGGCUAUUACGGUACCUUUGCGGAGAAGUGGAACAGCACCUAGGAAUUACUUCUAUCAUGAUUUAAAAGGCCCAACAAGCCCUCCACCGAUGCCAGCUUACAGGCGUCGCAAUCCACCAACGGAAUUGGUCAUCCCAUGCGAGUUCUGCAACGUACCCAUACCCCACGAAGACCUCAUUCAGCACGAGUCUGGUUGCCGCCCAGAUCUGGCCAGAUUCAAUCCUAGAAGAAGAUCUUCUCCGGAAGAUGACGAUUACUACGUCGAACCCAGACGAAAUUCUCUCGACGACGAAGAACUUCCGUGCGAAUUUUGCGGAGACAUGUUUCCUGCAUCGCGCCUUUACUCCCACCAAUUGCAAUGCACAUAA